AAUGUCUAUCACGACUUCCUCACGUCAUGGAAAUCUCCAAACCCGCCCCUCGCCGCUCCAUAUACCACAAUCCUCUCGCAAAAUCCUACACCGCACCACUAACCAAAGACAACUCCACCUCCAUCAAAGCCUUCUACGCAUCUCUCCCAAACUACGCACCAACCCGCCUCGUGCCUCUCUCAGACCUUGCAAGCGAGCUCGGGAUCAAAGGAAUUUACAUCAAAGCCGAGACCUCCCGGCUCGGACUUCCCUCUUUCAAACUUCUAGGAGCCUCCUGGGCUGUACGACAAGCGAUAAUCCAUCACGCAAAUCUUCCCUCAUCUUCCUCUCUAGAUGACCUAAGAGGCGCCGUCCAAAAACACGAUAUCAAAUUCUGUGCUGCCACAGACGGGAACCAUGGCCGCUCAGUAGCAUUCAUGGGCCGCUUACUCGGCGUCAACGAAACGAAAGUCUUCGUCCCAAGGGGUCUGGAUGAAAGAAUCAUAGCUUCCAUAGCCGAUGAGGGAGCGAACGUCGUUGUUGCUGAUGGAAAUUACGAUGAGACUGUUCAGACAGCUCAUCGGUUUGCAGAGCAGAAUGAGGACUUUAUGCUCAUUGAAGCCGUCGCUUAUACAGGAUAUGAAGAUAUUCCCCGAUGGGCUGUCGAGGGAUACACAACUAUGCUCCAUGAAAUCGACGCUCAGUUACAACUCCUCGGGCAGGAAGCAAGUAUGAUAAUAGCCCCUGUCGGCGUAGGCUCGCUUACGCAGGCUAUCAUCCAAUACUAUAAAUCUCCCAACAAAACAUCUCCGUCUCUGGUGAUCAUGACAGUUGAGCCUGACACAGCAGCUACGUUGCACAAAAGUCUCAAAGCGGGCGAAUCUCUCUCCAUAACAACCAGUCCAACGAUAAUGGCUGGCUUGGAGUGUGGUACGCUGUCAAGUAUUGCUUGGCCUUUACUCAAACAGGGCGUCGAUAUCAGCGCCACGAUCUCCGACUGGGAAUGUCAUCAAGCUAUCCUGGAUCUCGCUGAGAAUGAUGUGGAAGCAGGUCCCUGUGGGGCUGCUGCUCUUGCUGGACUGAGAAGACUAGCUUCCGAGGAGGUUCUAAACAAUGACUCAGUGGUUGUUUGCAUCUGUACGGAAGGAACCCGACCUUAUGAAAUCCCUACCCGAAUCGAGGAUCCGAACCUCUGUCUUUAGGAGACAUUGAUAGAUAUUUUUCAAUAAGUUAUUUAUUAAUUCACAU